CAGCGGUGCUCGUGCGCGCGCGCGUGUGUGUGUCACGUACCGUAGUCCGCGUUUCUCCGUGCUGCGAGUUUACGUGUCCGUGCCGGUGACGCGCAGCGUGUUCGGUGCCGGCUACGCGGACGCAUCUCAUCAGUGUCACCGGUCGCACGCGUUACGAAAUCGCGUCCUUUUUUCCCCCGUCGAAAAAGCCGAACGGCCGCCGCGCACGGUGGGUGCGCACGCAAGGGAGAACGGCUCGCUCCGCUCGCCGCCGCCGGCUCGGCCAGUCUACUGGAAGAUUCCAUUGUGAGAGUGGGCUUUCGAAAAGUUUCGCGGAUACCGUCGGCGAGACUUCGCGGAUAUCCAUCGCCGCUGCCACCGGGACGCUGUCCAGGCAUACCAGGUGCCUCAUGGACUAAAGUAACGUUCCCUGGAAGAGACGCGAGCGUGCGAGUAGACUACGGAUAUCAUCAUUCGGGAAGUUUCGCAGGAAAAUUUCGGUGAAAUAACGCGCGCGACAACGAUGUGAAGGAAAAUGUGAUUCGGUCGGUGAUUGCGUUGGCACGGAAGAAAAAGAGAAUAACGCGAACUGUAUAAUAGAAACUAUAAUAGUGAUAAAAGUAAAGAGAAGAAGAGACGGGCACUACAUAAGAGGUACAAAAUAGAAGGAAGAAGAGGGAGAGAGACGCGUUUGCUGAUCGAUCGCAGCCGAUCGGGCUAAAACGCUCUCCCGGUCGAUCGUUUUCUCCGUGCAAGGUAGCGUCGACGAUUACUUUUGCCGUUUCGAGGGAGGAUUGUUCGACGAUUCCGCAAAAUAGCAGGCGAAGGUACCGUCUCCCUGCGAAAAAAGAGAACAGACGAAUCGGAAGGGAGAAAAGUGUAGAUAUCCCGCCGGUCCAUCGUGCACUGUUUAUUCUGGGAAUCGAGCCGAGUGCCCGGGCGUCUCGAUACUGUCCGUGCGAUUACUUUCGAAGACGAAAGAAGGAUUCCACAAGGAUCGGACGGAAGGAAAACAACGUGCGCGACGAUACGGGAAAAAGGAGAUGUACCGAGAGCCGAGCGACUGCCGAGAGACGAACUCGUCGGGCAGCGGCGCCUCUACCAAGGGCGACGAAGUCGAACUCGUCAGUAGAUUCCUAGCGCCGCUCUGCGCCAGAGACGAAGCGGCCAGGAAUAUCGCCUUGGCCGCGGCCAGGACCACUGUCGAAGGAUGGCUGGGCGGCGUCGGCAGUCCAAAACGUUGGGAGGACGCCGGCGACAUCGAGGACACCAAGGGCGCGAAUGGGAAGUUCUCCAGUCAGGACGGCAGAUACGAUAUGAGCGUCGAACGGUCGCCGACGAGAUCGUCGCCAAGGAGCGUGCGCCAGCAGCAGCUGCCGCACGACACGUUCCGGACGGAGGGCUUCUUUCCGCAAAGCAUCAAUGACAAUCCGUCUGCGUUCCUCGAGGAGAACAAUUCGGAAUGCUCGUUCGACUGCGUAGACGGUCGUCUUUUGAACGAGAGGCGAUUCCGCGAGCGGUACACCAGCAGCGACGGCGUCGAGAGCUGCAGGUCCGGUCACUCGACGUCCUCGGACGAGGGUAGUAAGAGCUUCAACAUCGAGGGCAGGUGCCCACGCUUCGGCUCGAACAACGAGACCGAGAGGAAGCAUCCUGGUUCGUCGUCGAGCGACAGAUCGACAAGCGAUGAGUAUUGUCCCGGCAGGCCGAAGAACAAUUACGUGAAGGUGAAGGGCGCCAAGCAAAAGCAGCUAGAAGACGACGAGCUUGACGCGGAUACUCGGGUGUAUGGCAAGAGUCCGAAAUUCGACGACAACCUGAGCGGCCUCGCGUCAUUCGACUGUCGGAAUUUAAAUCGGCGAGCCAAGAUCGCCGCCGGCGGCGACCUGCUAGCGCACGAGCAGCGCCGAUACUACGACGGCGAUGAUGACGUUUCCUUCAACGAGAGCGAGGCAGCGCGCAGUGACGGGGUCGUCUUUAACACUCUCGACGGCUUUGAAAACGAGAACGAGCCUUUCUACCACCGGGACAUGAAUUUGGAGAACUACGAGACGGCGAUCUACGAUGUGGACGCAUUGGACGAUUCUCGUCGGACGCAGCAAGACUAUUUGCGCAAGAACGAUGAGAGGAAAUUUAGCGCCGGUCAGAUCAAGAGGCCGCUCUCGCAGGACGAGGACGUGUCUUCGAAGAGCGGCCGGGUGCUCGAGAGUCCGGAAGUGACACCCGGCGAUGUCGGCAGGAUGUUGAACCUUGGUAACGCCUUGGACGGACCCAGGCAGACGCAGGCUAACAAGUACCUCAGUUUGGUGACGUUGCAUCUGCCGGUGAUACUCAGGCUUAGCGUUAAUUGCCCUUUCCAGAACGUCAGGAUCAAGUGCGCGGAGAUCCUCCAGAUGGUCAAGGAAAGAGGACUUCCAGUACCAGUACCGGCUUUCGAUGGACCUAGUGCCUUCGUCCCUCUCUCGGAGCUGCCGGAUCUGAACAAUCUCGACGAAAAGACGCAUAUCCUGUUGAUGGAAUCUUUUCUGCAGAACAACAGGCUGGAUCAUGUUUCGAGAGUAAUGUCCUCGCACCCAUCGUAUCUGGAUCAUUUCCUCCGGACCCAGCAUUUCAUUCUUCGCGGCGACGGACCUCUUCCUUACGACUACAGACAUCUCAUUGCCAUUAUGGCUGCGGGUAGGCAUCAAUGUAGCUACCUUAUAAACCUGCAGAAGGGAGAGUUCCUUGUCCAGGGCGGUGACCCCUCAUGGCUCCAUGGUCUGAGAUCGAUUCCGGGGAAGCUGCAAGAUCUCUAUGAGAUCAACAAGAUCCUGGCUCAUAGACCGUGGCUCCUGAACAAGUCGCACAUAGAGAAAUUGACUAAGGGCGAUGAUAAUUGGUCCUUAGCGGAGGUCGUCCAUGCUAUAGUCCUAUUAGCUCACUUCCACUCGUUAUCGUCUUUCGUAUUUUCUUGCGGAGUUAACGAGGAAUUGGAUAACGUAACUGGCCAUCACUAUAAGGAGAACAUUCAGGACAAUAGUAGUAACAUACCGCCUGCCAAAGAUAAGCUCACGAGCAGCCCUAAAAAGAUCCCCAACGGAGACGGCAAGACUGAAAAUAUGCCGUCACCGCCGUCGUCGCCGAGCAUAGUCGGCGAGCAGGAGGUCGGUGUGGAGACCUUGAUGGAACGUAUGAAGCGUCUCUCGGAAAAGUCCGAGUCUUAUCAGAUCACGCAGGAGGAGCUCUCCAAAAGAUUCGAAACUGUCGAGACGCAGUCGGCCGAGCUGGCAGCGGCGCCGCAGAGAAGCAGCUCGGUCCUCGACUCCGAUAUCGGUCUAUUCAUCGAGGAUCCCACUUUCAUCUACCAGGAUUUCGCCAAGCGCGGACAACUCAACGACAUACCGACCUUCCGCGUCCAGGACUAUUCCUGGGACGAUCACGGCUACUCCUUGGUAAAUCGUCUGUACAAUGACGUCGGUAAUCUCCUCGAUGACAAAUUCAAGACCGCGUACAAUCUGACGUAUUAUACCAUGGGCACGCAUAACAAGGUCGACACGUCGCGCUUCAGACGGGCGAUCUGGAAUUAUAUACAGUGCAUGUUCGGCAUCAGGCACGACGAUUAUGAUUACAACGAGGUGAAUCAGUUGCUCGAGCGUAGCCUCAAAACCUUCAUCAAGAGUGCCGUUUGUUAUCCGGAGCGCGUCACAAAGAGGGAUUACGAUCGCGUCAUGAGGGAGUUUAAACACAGUGAAAAGGUUCACGUGAACCUGAUGAUUCUAGAGGCUCGCAUGCAAGCAGAAUUGCUGUAUGCCCUUCGUGCCGUGAUGCGGUAUAUGACCUAAAGCGAAGUUCCGCGUCGCUCCCUCGUUUGUCUGCUGUCCGUCAGUCUGCAGUUUGUCGUCAAUUUGUUUUCUCGCGCCACGUUCCAUGCCGUAGAUUCGUCGACUUGGCGCACACGGCAUGGAAGGAACAGGCGAGCGCGAUAUCAUCGAGUCUUCUACAGAACAUCACACACAUAUGCACGCGUGCUAUCAUAAGGCCGCUUCAUCGUCGACUCGUGAAUCGCAGCGAGAUAGCGAGCAAUCGCGGUUCUUCAGCAAGUGCUGAAAAAGGCGAUAAAGAAAGAGCAAGAGGAAGACAAGGAAGCUGCUGAUUGUAGAGGGAAAACAGAAGAUCGUAAUAUUUGGCCAUUCAGCUGCACUCUUGGCGCGAUUCUUCAUCCGAUGGCGCCUCGAUGACGAGACCAAUGCGUCUUUGUUCCUCAAGCAGCUCACGAACACGUCGACUGCACGUUCAACACAGAUCCGUUUAUUCGCGUAAUAAAGUAUAAGUUCUUGGCGAAUGGAGUGCUUUUCCGUGCGUGUUCGGGAGGAGAUCCGUAAGAGGAAGACGUCGUAAAAACGGAGGAAGAGUUUGUGCGAACAGACAGGGAGACGUGACAAGGAGAGGAAAGAUUUAUAAUUUGUUUUGUACAUAGACACUUGUAUUUUUCUACGUUCGACAUCGUAGCAGACUGUUAUUUGUGCGUUUCGUUUAUGUUUCAGAUCUGUUAAAAAAAAAAAAACGUUUGCUCUCGCCUGUUAGAAGCUUUCGAGUUGCGCUUUUAACUUCAUACAUACACACGUGUACACAACACACACACACACACACACACGGACAUACACCCUUCGUACGUACACCCUUCUUGUUGCGUUUGCAAUUUCGACCUUAUGCGUGAUUCGCUAAAGAAAACGCAUCACCGCAAUAGCGCACUCGUAUAUCAAGCAAGAGAAAAAAAUUCGUUGCUCCGCGCGAACAUUUCGUUUCUCCCUUUGUGCCGGCUUGUUGAAAAGUAAAAAAUUAAUCGUAGGACUAAAUUAAGAAAUCUAUUAACUCUAAUUCCGUCAUCGUGAUCUUGUCCAGAUUAUCUUCGCCUCGGAUUCGAUUUGAUUCGACUUCUCGUUUUCGUGGCGCGCGCCGCCUCGGUUAUCAGAACGUCGGAUUCUUGUCGUGAACGUCGGGCCGAGAGAAGUCUUUCACGCUCUGUACAUAUACAUAUGUGUAACGCGUUUUUUUUUUUAAUCUUUGUUUCAUUCGACGAUCCCGUGAAAGCUAACAUAAAAUUGUAUCUACUUAUCAUAUGCGUGUGUCGAGCAAACCUUAGACUGUAGGACGAUUCGCGGCCGCGUGCAUGCGCGUGCAAUUGUGUCACGGGCGUUAUGAUGUGUGCACGCGACCGCGAAGAGAAGCAAUGCCUAUCGGCUGUGUUUAUUUACCGAGGGAUGAUGAGCUGCUGUUUAGCCGAACGCGAAAGGCGUCGCAAGCUCGCUUUGAUCCGUGAACCUUCUAAGCCUAGGCUGCUUUUCCACUUUGAGAUUAGCAAUGAGAAACCGCGUUUGCAUUAAGCUUUACUCGAGAGAGAGAGAGAGAGAGAGAGAGAGAGAGAGAGAGAGAGAGAGAGAGAGAGAGAGAAAUCUAUUUGGUGUCUCGAAAGAAAGAAGACUGUUGUAUCAGCUAUGACGGUCUACACACUAAAAAGAAGGAAAGGAGUGUAGCUUAAAAAACGUGGUCCGGGAUUAUCCGAGUUCUGCGUGCGCCACUGAAUAAACCUGACCGAUUCCACGAGAACACCAAUUUCUCGACGCCCGAUAUUACGCGCGCGCGCGAGGGCGCUUAUCAACGAAUUUCAAUGCCUUCGGCGUAGCGUUCUAAUAAAAAACUGUAGAAAGGAAAGAGAGAGAAA